AUGGUGCUCUCCGAAGUCCUCUUUUCCUCGACCUGCGGGCCGCCCAUCUCAGCAAACACGGCCGUGUCCCGCGACGUGGGCGUCCAUGGUCACGCCGUCAGCCCUUCGUGGGCCGUCAAGGCCGCCUUCAAGAAGAGCUCGGCCCCCCCGCGGUGCCUGGCCGUCAGCGACUCGCACGUCUUCGCCGCCCAGGACCAAAAGGCCCACGUCCACGUCUACUCGCGUCCGCGUGGCAACCAGGAGGCCCUAGUCCCCUUCCAAGAAAGGAUACGCUGUCUUGCCUUGGCAGGCGACGUCCUCGUCCUGGGCACCGCCGAGGGUCGCUUGAUCCUUUGGGAGACUUGCACCGGCCGACAAGCCACCACGCCUCCCUGCCAUGUGCAGGCCGUCAGCUGCCUGGCCGUGACCCCCUUCCACCUGCUCUCGGCUUCCGACGACUCCAACAUCAACGUCUGGUCCUUGGCUCGCCUCCUCGAGUUUGGCGCCGACGUAGGCCAUGAGCCGGAUCGCAUCCUGUCCAACCAUCGCGCCGCCAUCACCGACCUCGUCGUCGGUCCAAGCACUCACGCCAGCACGAGCCUCUGUGUAUCCGCCAGUAAGGACAAGACUUGCAUCUUGUGGAACCACCAGUCCGGCCAACUUCUCCGCACCUUGCUCUUCCCCGCAGUACCCCUCUGCAUCUCUCUUGACCCUUGCGCCCGGGCCCUCUUUGCCGGCGCCGAGGACGGUGGCCUCUAUCUCGUCGAGCUCUUCGGCGACAAGCCUCUUCUCGGUUCUCGCAGUGCCGAGCUUGCCUCCUCCCUCGUCCAGGUAGACUCUCCCCUCGGCGUUGCCGAUGCUGAUGUGGGCGCCCCAUCGUGUCUGGCUCUCAGUUACGACGGCACCCUGGUCUUUACCGGCCACCCCAAGGGCAAAAUCAUGAGAUGGACUCUCACCGACGACGGCCAUCCGGCGGAAAUGGCCAAUCUGAACGCCGCCGUGACCAACCUCGUUUUUGUCCCUCUUGUGCCCGAGGAAAGGCGCUAUCAAGUUGUGAAUGUUGUCAAGCCGAACCAGACGCAACGGCAGUACACCUUCACGGCCCGGCUACAAGGGCUACUAGACCUCGACGCCCAAUUUACCGAGAGGCUCGACUCCACCGGUAUCCAUUCCCACCAGCUGGAAACCGCCAUAGCCUCUCUUGUGGCCUCUGCCCCGAGUGUGAGAAAUGACUCGUAUCUCCAGAAAGAGAUUGAUGAGCUUCGGUCCAUCGUUGAGGAACAAAAGGCUUUGCACAAGGCCACGGUGCAAUACGAAGGCGCGCCCAAGGCUUGA